CUUGUGGGCUGCCGCCCGCCCUUGCCUCUCAGCGGAGGCUCGAAGAUAGCAAACUGGAGGCGGUGAGGGGGACGGAAUCUCUGUAUUUCUGACAACAGAUGCAUUCAACAAUCCACCGAAGGUUUGAGGAAGUGUCGGUGUUCGGUGGGACUGGUUCUUUCCCCCCUUUCCCCCAGUGGCCCUCAAAUCUGGAUAUAGGUGAGCUUGGGCAUGCCAGUAUUGGGUGCACGGACAAGGACAGCAGGGCCUGGGAACGAACUCCCUCCCGUCACCCUUCAAAAGCGAUACACUUUCUCCUCCUCCCAAACAACCCCAGUCCCGUCUCCCCGUCCCACUCCCCCUCCUCCCCCAGCCCAGUCUGGCCUCCGGCGCUGGGUGAACCCGGUUGGGGUGUCACUCGACGCCCACUAGGGGCUGAGGAGGCUCCAGUGCGCAGGCUCCGGGCACCGGAUAAAAGCGGAGCUGGCGAGUCCAGCGCUGUCUCGAUGGAGGAGCAAGAAACGGAAGAGGUCGGGGGGAGAAGCAGCAGGAAAAAAGCAGCCACCGUCAACGCCGCCUCCCUGUCACCGUGUUUCGGGGUAAAAAGCUGCCGUUGCCGUCGGUGCAGUUACCGUCGCUGCCUCCUAUACUUCUCUUGGCCUCGGGGAAGGAUUUCCCCACCGGUGGGACAAUGUGCGGGGAGGGGAGUGGGAAUUCCUUUAUGUGGCGGUGAUUAAACGAGGGAGGGACAGAGAGACAGUGAUCUCGAAGAAAAAAGGGGGGAGACCAAAGAAUAAAAGGGUUUCCCCACUAAAAUGACA